GCCGCUACGAGAAAGUAUAAUCUACGCGCAUUAUAUUCUCGAACGUUAGUGCGUGUCUCGACACCAAACCGCCAACGUAACGUGUAAAAUAACGACGAUUCUCGACUCGAUUGCGUUGCGUUACGUUGCGCCAAGUGUAUCACACGUCGUUAUAUAUAUAUAACAAAAAACGACGCUCUUUUUCCGGUCAUGCUGAAAUUCGUUCCAAUCGGUGCAUCGAUACAAAUGACGCGCGAGUGUUGUUGAUUGCAUUACCAUUAUUAAAAGUGCAUAAGUGAUACACACACAGUUACUCGUAACACUAUACUACACGCACACAUGCAACGAGAAAGUAGAAACAUGACUCAGAAGUGCUGCGUGAAAGAUUGCGAGGAGCUCGUGAAAGAGACUCGCGCUCGCUGCCUGCCGCUACACAAAUUUCCGAAAGAUCCGGCGCAGCGUACCUCGUGGCUCGCAACCGACGGUUUCCCCGACGACUUUCGCCCCACCCCCAGCCAGAUCGUCUGCUACAAGCAUUUUCGACAGUCCGACUACGAAGUGAGCCGGGGCACGCAUCACAAGCUCUUCCUCAAGAAGGGCUCGGUGCCGAGCGUAUUCGACGAUUACGACAAUCAUCCGGAUCCAAUUCGCAGCGAUCUGAUAGCAACGAGGCUGCAGGCGCGCGAGCUCAAGAAUAGUCAGCAGCAGCAAGUGACAGCGCCAACGGGCAGUCAGUCAGCGGCCGCGGCCGGUAAUAAUAGUAGUCAGCUACUAGACGACUCGCUGAACGACACCGCGGCGAGCAUUACGAGCUACGACGGUUCAGCGGACGACUCGACGAGCCAGAAUUUAGGUUCGUCGUCGAUAGAGUCGACCGGGGUUAGUCAGGACGCGGACUCGAUUUCCACGCAGAGUACUUCGCUGCAGCCUGCUGCUACAGAAAGUAGUCAAUCUGUAGGUAGUCCAAUGCCAGUCGCUCAGACCAUCGGCAUCGACGAAACAGAGCCCAAACAGACUGUUGACAGUUCCAAAGCCAAAAUCAUCAACAGGUCCGACAUUGUAUUUUCGCCUGGUUUCAAGUUGGAAGCCAAGGAUUUCAAUGAUGUUUGGUAUAGUGCUAGAGUAGUCGAGGUAGAUCAUCAAGAGAAGGAUGUUUUGAUUCAUUUUGACAAGUGGUCAACUCGAUACGAUGAAUGGAUACCCAUGGAUAGUUCUCGACUGAGAAUGAUGACACAAUCUCCCAAGGAGCAGAACAAAACCUUCGAGGUAGGAGAAAAUGUUAUGGCUACUUGGGUGGAUGGUGUGAAGUACCCUGCCCAAAUCAAGACAUGUCUUGGCAACGACAAAUACAAUGUUCUCUUUUACGAUGGUUUUACUAAAGCUUUGAAAGCUUCCAAAAUUACCAAACUUCCACAAGAGACACCAGCAGUUCAACCAUUCAAAACAGAAAACACUUAUGUUGGAAGUAAACAAGAGCGCCGCGAUAGAAAACGAAAACAUACCAUAACCGAGUUAUUUAGUCAUAAGAAAAAAUCAAAACUGGACAAUGAAAAAGUUGCCAAAAAAGAGGUACAAGAACCAGAGACCAGCAGCCAAAAAAUAGUACAAAAGGCAGAUGUUAUUCAAACGCAAGAGCCAGCAAAACUAGACGUAACGACUGAGGUUCAAACUCCUAUGGAAAUACCAGUUAAUCCAAUUGGAAGCGAUCCAAAUGAUUCUAGUAUAUUAAUUGGAAGUUUGAGAGUUGAAACAGAGGAUAGUGCUUUAAAAUGUCCAAAGGAAGGUUGUAGAAAAUUAGUGAGAAAGGAACACUUACUCAUCAUGCACAUAAAACAUUAUCAUCCAGAAUUUGUUCAAUAUUUGGGAGUUACACCUAAUGUUGCUGACCUAGCUUAUGCUCGAACUGUUGGAGAGCCCGUUGAAGAUGUAGUUCCAAAAAAAUCUAGAAUUUCAACUUCAACGCCAAAUUACACUAGCUCGCGUACUUCUUCAAGCUGUGUCGAAAAAGAAAUUCCUAAAGCAGAAUCUGAAAUUCAGGCUGAAAUUAAAAUAGAAGCAGAAAGAAGUAAUAGUAUACAUGAAGAUAGUUUAUCAGAAAGAAGUACUGUCAACAGUUGUACCAUGUCUCCUGGAACUUUAUUUGAUAUGAGAAAGAAAGAUGAAAGAACCCAUACUGGUAUAAAAACUUUAUUGCCAGUGAGGCAUCCUUCAUCUUUUGUUUUCGAUGAACCAGAAAAUUCUGGUCCACAAAAUGCAGAACUAGAGAUUUGCAAGCCAAGCAGUUCAAGAGGAAUGAAGAAAAAACUUACCAGUGAAUCAAGUAUACCACCAAAAUCCAAAAAACAAAGACAAUUUUCGGAAAACAGCGACAGUUUUCUUCAAUUGGACGAUAGUGUCUUUGAUCAAGACGAUACUUUACAUCCCAGUGAUAAUUCAAGCCUUUUAAAUAGUACAAAAUUAACAAAUGAUAUUCCCAGUGAUAUAAUUCCACCUGCAGUAGGUGAUACAAUAUUAGUAAAUGGCGAGCUUAUCAAAGUCGAAAAAUUACGCAAAGAAGAAAUAAUUAAUUGCACUUGCGGCUCGAUGGAGGAGGAUGGAUUGAUGAUUCAGUGCGAUCUGUGCCAAUGCUGGCAACACAGCGUCUGUAAUGCGAUAGAACGAGAGCAAGAUGUACCCGAUAAAUACAUAUGUUACAUUUGUCGCAAUCCGCAAAAACAAAGAACAUCCAAAAAAUACUUCCAUGAUCAAGACUGGAUACGCGAAGGAAUACUACCAAAGUUAAACACAAUCCAGGUUGAUCCUGUAAAAUACAGAGAAAGAUCUGCCAUGCUGAAGCGUGCAUUCGACGUUAUGAAUAUGGUUUUGCAAACCAACGACGUGCUGCACAGUUUGAGGGUGAAAAUUAACAUAGCGCAAAACAAGGAUCACCCAAAACUGUAUCUCUGGGCGAAGAGCUGGAGUAAAAUCAAAAUACCGUCGUAUCAGAACGAACCAGUACCUUUGCUGGAAAAAAUUAAGGAUGAAAAUGACAAUAACGACGACAGCAACAUCGAUAACUUGCUGGAUACGUCGAAUAUUUCUCUGUCGUUAAAAACCGAGGAUGAUCAAAAGUUAAUGGCUUCGGAUUCGGAUACGUUGGAAUUGAUGAAAAUCCUUGAAGACCCCGGGGACGACACGAAGAACGGCUCCCUCGUCAAAGACGAGAACAAAAUUUUACUGGACGUGUUGACUCGCGACGGUCUCGAGGCCGACCAGAUGCUGGAAAACCAUCACGAUCUUCUCUCCUCCGAUCCGACGAAAAAAACCAUGGAUCUCGGCCCGAACGACAAGUCGCCGAUGAUCUCGGCUCAGCCUGCCGCCAGUCAGUCGAUCGCCGAGCCACCGAAACCCUUCAUACCCGAGCCCGAGGCGGCCAUCGAUCCGCUCGAGUGCAAAUCGCGCCUGCUGGAGCACAUCGAGAAUCUACAGAAGUGGGUGGACUCGACCUUGAACUUCAUCGAGGUACAGAUAGAGGCUCUGGAGGAAAAAUUCGAGUGGGCACCGGACACGAACGAUCGCGACAUGCACACGAGCCAGACCUUGCUCAUGGUCCUGAAUGAUCUGAAAGCCAUACGAAAGUUAGCUGCCUUAAGUUAGGAUGUAUAUUUUUGGAAUUAGACUGUAAAAAAAAUAAGGGGUUCUGUACAGUUUAAUAAUAAGAAUAAAAAGAUGCGUGAAUUUUUUAUAAGAAAAAUAAUUGUUAUCAAUCACAUCCCGAUUCCACUCAAUGAAUUCAUACGCUAAAAUCUCUACAAUCAAACCAAUC